AUGUCACGGCGUCCCACCCCCGAUCGGGCUGCGCAGAACCAGCAGGUGAUCAAGAAUCUGCUGAAGUUAGAGCCCAACAAGAUCUGCGCCGAUUGCAAGCGGAACAAGCAUCCACGAUGGGCCUCUUGGAAUCUGGGCGUGUUCAUCUGCAUCCGCUGCUCGGGCAUCCACAGGGGCAUGGGCACCCAUAUCAGUCGAGUCAAGUCCGUCGACCUGGACGCGUGGACCGAUGAACAGUUACAGAGCGUGAUGAAAUGGGGAAAUGCCAGAGCGAACAAAUACUGGGAAGCGAAAUUGGGGCCGGGCCAUGUUCCUUCAGAGGCCAAGAUCGAAAACUUCAUUCGAACAAAGUACGAGUCAAAGCGAUGGGUGAUGGACGGACCUAUGCCCGACCCCUCCACCCUUGACGAUGGUGACGACGUUCCCCUGUCUGUUGUGCAGGAGAAAGCGAAACUCGAGCGGUCAGCCUCUCAGCGUGUAUCCUCUACGAGCCAACCUCCCGCCCGGCAACAACAACAACAGCAACAGUCCGUAGACCUUUUCGGAGAUGACAUCGCGACUCCUCCUGCACGACCGAGCACGACAGAUCCGUCCGCGGGAACCCGUCCUCCCGCUUCCAAGGCCCCUGCCCAACCUGCGGCGAAACAGACCAAACCGGCGGAUUCAUUGCUAGGAUUGGAUUUCUUCGGCAGCAGCCAGUCCACUCCAUCCAGUCGUCCAGGGAGCACUGCACCCACCUCUGGUGGAUCCACGGGAAUGUCGCGGCCUGACCUGAAACAAUCCAUCCUGUCUCUGUAUGCGACGGCCCCGAAGCCGCAGCCGGCGCCGGCCCAGCAUGAGCGGACGUCUUCUUUCGGCAAUCUGUCGUCUUCGCAGUCGCAGUCGUCAAAUCUGGGAGCCUUGACGGACGCAUUCAGCGGCCUAAGUUUCCCGUCGACGACAACAUCGUCCCCGGCGCCUCAGAAGGCACAGGACACGUCUCCUUUCUCCAACCUAGCCAGCUUCACCAGUCCAAAGUCUCAGCCCGCAGCACCCAAGGUGACAUCCCCGAGCAGUUCGAUCAGUGGUGGCGAUCUCUUCGACAGUAUCGCUUCGAGCAAUGCGCCCCCAAAACCUGCGGCACGGAAUUCGUCUGUCUCUUCGAAUGGUCUGGACUUUAGCUUCUCUCAGACGACCACUGCGUCAGCGUCGAAACCAAACCCUCCCAAAUCGUCGGCUGCCAAUGAUCUGUUCGACCUGACAUCGACGACGACGACGACGACGACGACCAUGACAACGACGCCAUCUCCACCUUCCAAACCCACGUCACCACCAUCUGCUACGAAUGUGAACUCCGUAUUCAACCUCUCAUCCUCAUCAUUCUCCGACACAUCUAAAUCCGCACCAAAGGCGGCGGCGACCACAUCUACGUCGGCUGUCACCAGCAUGCUUUCAUCGGCAAGCAUAGAUCCAUGGGGAAGCAACGCAUGGAGCACGCCAGAUCCGGCCCCAGCGCCGUCCACCACUACCUCAACGAUCUCCAGCGCGAUGAAGGUUCCAGAAACGUUGACAGCGAACGACAUCGGGGCCGGCUGGGGCACGCCGGCUACAUCUGCUGCCAGCAAACCUGCUCCCACCGUUGCCGCAGACGAGGACUUUGGCGGCUGGGCCAGUGCUGCUCCGACUUCGAGCAGCGACAACACUCUAACCAGCAAACCGGUAACCAGCUUCAGCGCAGCAAAUGAUGAUCUUUUCUCGAACGUUUGGCAGUGA